AUGUUGCUCUGGACCAGAGGGCUCUGGGUUUUGUGGAUCAUCGACUACCGCAGUCCCCUCAAGUCGCAGACAGCGGUGAUAACAAUCUCAACCCCGACAGUUCCCCCCAUCUCACCGGGUUUUGCGGUGGACGAGACAAUCGCUCUUUUCUCCGACAUCAGUGACCUCUAUGCCAAUAUCGCAGCAGGGCAACUCGAUCUUUGA